AUGGAUCCCGCUUCUUCCAGAAACCAGCGCAACCGAAUCGUCUCUUCUGGGGAAAGGCCGGUGAUGACGGAUAAUGGCGUGGACCAGGUUUCUCCCGAAGAUGAAAGGAAUGUUUCUUCUUCUGCAAUUGGUUCUUCUUCUUAUCCCGCUCCAUAUUAUAACGUCCUUCAAACCCCUACCAAUCUCUAUCCUUACGAUUGGGAUGUUGCACAUCCUGGUUAUCCUCAAAGCAUCAAUAGUUGGGAUGGAUAUCCACGGUAUGCUACUACCCCUGAAGGCCUGCAUGUGCCACAGGUUGUCUACAAUGAAAAUUCAUCUUUUAUUUACCACCCUGGUUAUAGCUACAACCCUUAUUCAUCUAUAAUGUUGGAAGGCCAAAUUCCUAUCUCUCCAGCUUAUUACCCGCAUGUUGGUGCACCUUCAGCUAUGCAUUUUACUCAGUCAGAAAUUGGUGGUGACAACUUUCGUUUUGACCCAACUACUGGUUAUAUGAUUCCUUAUGGGCAAUUUGGUGGAGGCAAUUUAUCUGGGAAUCAAGGGGGUAACUCUUUAACAUCCCCUAUACCUUAUCCUCAAACGAUGGGUAUACUUGGCCCAUACGAUCAUAAUACUUCACAGUUACCAUUGCAUGGGAGUGGGGUUGCUUCAAGCUCUUCUUUGGGAGCUUAUUAUCAUGUAGGAUCUUAUCAGAGUCCCACCACUAUCGCCUCAUAUCAUGGAGCUGAUAAUCCAGUCAGAUUAACCCCUGACAUAGGUAAACGGCGAGAGAAGGAGCAGGGUUCUGUACCGACCACCAAUGAUCUAUAUGGUAAUCGUGGACCAAGGGCAUCCAGCAGGGCAAAGAGCAAGAACAGCACAAGACUUUGCUCAUCUGCUGGCGAUUCAACGAAUGAUUCGAGUACAGCUGGACCAAAUCCCAGUUUGUAUAACCAUCCAGAAUUUGUGACGGAUUAUAAGAAUGCCAAAUUCUUUAUCGUCAAGUCAUUUAGUGAAGACAAUGUCCACAGAAGUAUCAAGUAUAAUGUCUGGGCCAGCACGCCACAUGGAAAUAAAAAAUUAGAUACUGCUUAUCGAGAUGCUGAGAAGAUGGGUGGAAAAUGUCCAAUCUUUCUUUUCUUUUCGGUAAAUGCUAGUGGACAAUUCUGUGGGGUGUCGGAAAUGGUUGGACCCGUAGAUUUUGAAAAGGAUGCUGCUUACUGGCAGCAAGACAGGUGGAGUGGGCAGUUCCCAGUGAAAUGGCAUAUUCUAAAAGAUGUACCAAAUAACCGAUUCUGUCAUAUCCUUUUACAAAACAACGAGAACAAGCCGGUGACACACAGCCGAGACUCUCAGGAGGUGAAGCUACGUCAAGGGAUUGAGAUGCUCAGAAUAUUCAAAGAAUACGAGGCACACACAUCGAUCCUGGAUGAUUUCAUCUACUAUGAUGAGAAAGAGAGGGGAAAGGCGGGAGGGAAGAGAGAAGACGGGGAAGAAGAGACAUCCGUGGAACAGUUGUCAGAACGUCUUCAAGUUGUGGCACUAGAAGAUGGAAAGGAUAAGGGGGAAAAAGAAGAGUUAAUAUAA